AUGGCUGUGGACGACAGUGGAGUGUCAAGGGACGUGUAUACAGCUUUCUGGGAGCAGUUCUUGGAGCUCUGUGAAGGGGAGGAGGAGAGGGUGCCAAAACUCAGACCAGACUUUUCCAAAGAGAGAACGGUGCGUAUCGGUAACCAUGGCAACGCCCUCGUCUUCCUGCUGCCAAUGGAGGAACCCUAUGUCAACUUCUUGUCCAUCAACCAGAAGUGCCCGCUGCAGAAGAUGUCUCCUAUAAAGGACGUGGUGGACGUGACGCCCAAGGUGAAGGCCAUGGCCCUGGCCGACCGCGCCAUGUUCGACAAAGGCAUGAGGGCCUUUGUGUCGUACGUCCAGGCUUACGCCAAACACGAAUGCAGCCUCAUCUUCAGAGUAAAAGAUCUGGAUUUUGUGUCCCUGGCCAAAGGCUUCGCGCUGCUCCGCCUGCCGAAGAUGCCCGAGCUGAAGGGGAAAACGUUUCCCGACUUCGUGGAGACGACGGUGGACACGGACAGCAUCCGCUACAAGGACAAAAACCGACAGAAGCAGAGGCAGAAGAUGCUGGCCGAGCAGAAAAACAAAGAGAAGACGGAGCUUCCCAAGAAGAACUUCGUCAAGAACAAGGCCUGGUCCAAGCAGAAGACCAAGAAGGAGCGCAAGAAAAAACGCGGCGCCAAAAGGAAACACGACGAGGACUCCGACAUGGACGAAGAAUACAUGAAGGAGCUUUUAGAAGACACUCGCCUCCUUAAGAAACUAAAAAAAGGCCAGAUCAGCGAGGAAGACUUCGAGCAACAGCUCACGAACUCCAAGCAGGAAGCAGGCGGACCAUAA